AUGGUCGUUGAUCCCCAUCACCGCGGAGAGGUGGUACAAGAAGGAAUAAUAUAUUGGAUUUUGAUAACUUGUUAUCUUACAUUGAGAACGUUCGAUUGAGAGAAUCAAAAUUUUUUUGUGGUUAGGAAAAGAGACAAAAAAGUAGACGUAGACUUCCUACUUUUUAUUUUUAUUUUUUAAUAAAUUUUCUCGUGGCUAUGUUUUAAUGAACAGUUUUCAAUAAAAAAUUAUUGAUCCUUUUCAUUUUCCAGAUCUCUGGAAGAAGUGCAGACAUGGGGAGACAAGGAUCAUCCGAUCUCCCGCUUCAAGCGAUACAUCACUGAGCGUGGUUGGUGGAGCGAAUCUGACGAGAAAGAAUGGCAAAGCGAGGUGCCUUUUUAUUGCCUUUUGAGGCUCUGAACCGAAUAAUCCGCCUAAUUGCUUUCAGUCUCGCAAGAAUGUCUUGACGGCUUUCGAAAAAGCGGAGAAGACCAAGCUUGCUCACUACCACGACAUGUUCGAGGGAGUUUACGAGUGAGUUUUCGUUAAUUUGCGCAACAAUGAAUAGGUUCGGAGAAAAUUCUUAACAAAAUCUGGAAAGCCCAAAAGAUGUUACUGCACUCUUUCACGACCAUUCGUAGAGGACCUAAACGAAAUUAGGAAAGCAUCUUGAGAUUCUACGAAAGGAGAAACAUUGAGUGAUGUUUUUUUUAUCAGAAAUCUGCCGGAAAAACUGCGUCGGCAACGGGCAGAGCUCGAUCAGCACAUUGAGGAGUAUAAGGACCACUAUCCGAUGGACCGAAUCUUGCCUAAAAACUCUUGA